CAACAACCUCCUCCAAUCAUCAACAUCAUCACAACAAUGAUAAAACUAUAAAUAAUAAAACUACCUCGGAUACAAUGAAUAAUAAUGAUAAUAAUAAUACCUCAAAUAAACAAAAUAAUAUGUCAAUCGCUAGAGACCACAAUCCGGUGGAUUUUAUGUUGACACAAGCUGCACAGUAUUUGGAGAAAUUACAUGGUACAGCCCACAUAAUGGAAUCUCCUAAACACAACUUAAAUUCCCACAACAAUAAAUACAAAAGUAGUUUAAAUAUUAACUUAAAUCCCAAUGGAUAUGAUGAAACACCAACUAAAUCGGAAAUAGUAAAGGAAACGGCUACUAAAACUCCCGCAAUAUUGCAGCUAACAAAUGAACAUAUGAUGGAAAAGCCUAUAACUUAUAACAAUUCACGAUCUCAGUCACCGUUUAAUAUCUCAACACCCUCUACUCUGCCGGCUUAUUCGUCGGCAUCCUCAAAUGCUUCUUCCUUAACGGCCGCAUCUAAUGAACCUCCCUACAAACCACCCAGAACAGCCUUAUCUGCUACUUGUUCCUCCAGUAGCAACAACACAAUCAAUACAACAUCUCUGUUGUCUUCAUCGGCGCCUACACCUACACCUUCACCACCACCACCCACAACCUCAAACAUGCAUGAGAUCAGUGAAGAACAAGCCAAUGAACAUGCCACCAAAUACAUGGAACGUUACAAUAUUAAUUUAGAUAAGAACAAUUGCAGUUCAAUGGAAUUGGAGGCGAGACGUGAUAAAAUUCGCUGGUUAAUAAUUUCUGAAUGCAGUGCAUUGUUGGGUGAGGGUAAACAUACCAGGGAGAGAUUUCGCAAAUUAUUUCUAGAAGAGGAAUUCCAACAAAAAUUCUUUCAUUUAUUCGAUUUGGAUGGAAACGGCUAUUUGGUACAAGAUCGUUGGAUUGAACAUUUAAAAGGACGUUUAACCGAUGACAGACAAAUGGACUAUGCCGAACAGUUGGAAUCGGUGGCGUAUGUGAUUUGUGGUGAAAAUAGUAAAAUUACAUUUAAAAACUUUUCGGAAAUAUGGCAAGCACGGGGGAUUUUAGAUAAAUUAUAUCGUCUCAUAGAUGUUGAUGGCACAAAUUCUAUUUCCACAAAUCAAAUAAUGGAAUUUAUAUCACAUUUAACAAAUUUAAGAGCACGCACUGGCUUUGAUAAAAGUUCUUUGGCACGUUUGGAGCAGCUAUUUCGCAAUACGGUGGGCAAUGAACAGGAGAUUCGUCGUGAAGAGUUUAAAAAAAUUGUUAUCUCAAAAAAUCCAUUCUUCACCGAACGUGUUUUUCAAAUCUUCGACAAGGAUAAUUCGGGUUCAAUAUCACUUCAGGAAUUUAUUGAUGCCAUUCAUCAAUUCUCAGGACAAUCGGCUGAUGAUAAAAUACGAUUUCUUUUCAAAGUUUACGAUAUUGAUGGUGAUGGUCUGAUACAACACAAGGAAUUACAUGAUGUCAUACGUGCCUGCAUGGAAGAGAACGGCAUGGAAUUCUCUGAAGAUCAAAUAGAAGAUCUCACCACUGCUAUGUUCGAGGAUGCUGAUCCCUACAAUCGUGGAGAAAUUACGUAUGAGGCGCUGAAAAAUCAAUUACAUAAACAUGGUGGCCUCUUGGAAAACUUAAGUAUAACAAUUGAUCGCUGGUUGGUGCCCAUGGGCCAGGACACUCCCGCUAGUAAAUCGAAAGGAUCUUUUUGGCAGCGUUUUCCUAUACCACAUCAAUUGACACCGGCCUACAUGAAAAAUAAUCAUGUUUUUGUGACAUAUUUAUUCAUUUAUAUAGCAGUAAAUGUAUGUCUGUUCAUAUCGAGAGCAAUACAAUAUAGAGCAAGUAAUAUUUUUGUUAUAUUUGCCAGAGCAUGCGGUCAAUGUCUUAACUUUAAUUGUGCCUGGGUUUUGGUGCUAAUGCUGCGACACUCUCUAACCUAUUUACGUUCUCGUGGCCUGUCCACUUAUUUGCCAGUGGAUAACCACAUAUAUCUGCACAAGCUGACUGGCAUUGUGAUAUCAGUAUUGAGUUUAGUCCACACCAUAAUGCAUCUCUUCAACUUUUCCAUGAUCGUGGUGAAUGAUCCCAACAUUAAUAAGGGAAAUUACACCAUUGCCGAAUGGCUGUUAACGGAUAGACCAGGAUUAUUUGGUUUAGUACCAGGCUGUGCUAAUCCCACAGGUAUAGCUCUUUUUGUAAUACUGCUCAUAAUGUUUAUCUGCUCGCAGCCGUUUGUAAGGCGUAAAGGCUCAUUCGAGGUGUUCUAUUGGACACAUUUGUUGUAUAUACCAUUUUGGAUAUUGGUAUUCUUUCAUGGGCCCAACUUUUGGAAAUGGUUUUUUAUACCUGGCAUAGUUUAUAUUAUCGAAAGAGUGCUGCGUUAUGUUUGGAUGCGUGGUGAACAUGGCAAGACCUAUAUUAGUUCGGGUCUUCUACUACCCUCCAAGGUCAUACAUUUGGUUAUAAAAAGACCUUACAACUUUAACUUCCGUCCCGGCGAUUAUGUGUUUGUAAAUAUACCGGCUAUAGCCAACUAUGAAUGGCAUCCGUUUACCAUAAGUUCAGCUCCCGAACAGGAGGAUUAUAUGUGGUUGCACAUACGCACAGUAGGCGAGUGGACAAAUCGUUUGUAUCAGUAUUUCGAAAGAGAACAACAGAAACUACACAAUGGCGAGAUUAUAGCCCACAAACAAGCCAUACCCACUUCCAGUCUUUUACAAAUCAACAAUGAAGCAGACAACACAAAACCCUCUGCCACACCCCAAACAGAUUUCUUGGCACAAAAUCUUUCCAAAAUUCAACACAGUUCUAGCUUUGACUCUGCCAUGGUAACGAAAACAUUACAACAAUUGCAAACUUCGGGUCCCACCAGACCACCACGUCACAACUUUGCCCCGCCACGUUUAGCCACCGAAAGUGUUAGUGCUAGCGAGGCAAACGAAUCGAAUGGCAUCAAUCGUAUACGCAGUAUUAAAAAGUCUUUGCAAAGAACAUUUUCACGCAAGGACAAUGCUGAAGUGAAGCAUAAAGAGAAACGUAAUUCGGGCCAUUCAAAUGAUGGUUAUGUGUCAGAUGAAUAUGAUUUGGAGGGACGGCCGGAGCAUGUGAAGCGUCAGAAGAUGCAAAAGUUAUUGCUGAAUAAACCACCGUUGGAGAAGAGCAUAUCGUUGCCCGAUAUGGCAGUGAAGACAAAGAAAAGAGAGAGACUAAAAGCCCUUCAUGCCUUGGGUCGUUCGGAAUCAGAAAGAUCAUUUGACGAGACACGCAUACGACGAGCUAGAAUGCAAAACAUGGGUUCAGCCUAUUUAAGUCCUCAAAAUAAAUCAUUGGCACAAAGUUUUCGUUACAUGCGCAAUAAACCCACAAUAAUAGCAUUUAAAACACCCAGUAGGGAAGAAAAUCAACCAGCAUUUGCUCAAACUAAUAAUACGGCGAUGGAACCUUACACUCUAGUGCAAGCAGAAGAGGGAAAAAUAGCAAAAGAUAAAUCUUCCAUAAACCUCAACAACAAGGAGGAUAAACCGGAUUUAACAGUAUCGAAACCUUUGGAGGACUACACCCAUACAUCGGUUAAUGCAAACAAUCGUGUGGGACGUUUGAGACGUCCCACAUUUUUGCGUUCAUUAUCGACCUCUAUUAAAAAUCGGGGCAGUAAUGGCAGCAUACCCACAAAUGGCACAACUAACUCUGGUGGCAAGGUUACACUUGAUGCAGGAGUAUUAGAGAUAUUUAUUGAUGGCCCUUAUGGAGCCCCCUCCUCACAUAUAUUCAUGGCUCAACAUGCUGUGUUAAUUGGCACGGGCAUUGGAGUUACUCCCUUUGCCUCAAUACUACAAUCGAUUAUGCAUCGUUAUUGGAAGGCACGACACACCUGCCCCCGCUGCGAUUUCGAAUGGUCUAGUGAUAUUCCGAAAACCGUAAUGAAUCUGCGUAAAGUCGAUUUCUUUUGGAUUAAUCGUGAUCAGCGUUCGUUUGAAUGGUUUGUAAACUUGCUGUCACAAUUGGAAAUUGAACAGGCUGAAUUGGGUGGUGCUAUGGAAAGGUUUUUGGACAUGCAUAUGUAUAUUACAAGUGCCUUACAGCGUACCGAUAUGAAGGCAGUUGGCCUGCAACUAGCUUUGGACUUAUUACACGAAAAGGGCAAACGUGAUUUAAUAACUGGCUUAAAAACUCGCACCAAUGCCGGCAGACCGAAUUGGGAUAAGGUAUUUAAACAGUUGCAGGCACAGAAAAAGGGCAAAGUAACAGUAUUCUAUUGUGGACCACCACAGCUGGCUAAAACACUGCGUUAUAAAUGCGAUGAAUAUGGUUUUGCAUUCCGCAAAGAAUGUUUCUAAAAAAAACAACAAAUUAUAAUUUAAACAAAAAAAAUAUAUAAAGAAAUAAAGGUAUUUUAGCCAUAAUCAAAUAACCAAAAUACCUUAAAAGAAACAGUGGAAAAAAUGAAUUUAUUUGGCAAAAAUACUGGUAAAAGGGCUAAAUUUGAAAAAUAUAUAAAUAUAAGUUUAGCAUAAGUUUGUAAUUUUCUUUUUUUUUUGUUUUUUCCUUUUUUAUUAUUUGUAAUGUAUAAUUUAUUAAAUUUGUAUUUAUUUUAUAUUGUAUUUGUAUAAUAAUUGUUGAAUUUUUUUUGUUAACUUGCCUCUUUGUUAUAAAAUUAUUAUUUAAAAAAAAAUAAAUAUAAAACUUUAGGUUAGAAAAAUCAAACCAAAA